AUGGCGAAAGGAAAAAAGUCCGGCCCGGAGGUGAAUGGCAGGAGCGGCGGGGAUGAUUUCACCAUCAGUUGCUCAGGAUUUGACCACCAAGGGGUGGAUCCUGCUGUCUUUGCACCCGUGACAGUCAGAAAGGAUUUUCGCCCAGUUCUCAACUACAGUGUCCCAACCCAGGUCAACAUCUCCUUCACCGUGUCCUCCAUCUUGGAUGUGGACGAGCAGCUCCAACUUCUGACAUCCUUCCUUUGGCUGGACAUGGUCUGGGACAACUCCUUCAUCAGCUGGAAUCCCGAAGAGUGUGGGGGCAUUCAGAGAAUCUCUAUGACAACUCAAAACCUGUGGCUCCCGGAUAUCUUCAUCAUCGAGUCCAUAGAAGUGGAUCAGACUCCAACAGGCCUCUCUGCAUACGUGAGCAAUGAAGGUCGCAUCCAGUAUAAAAAGCCAAUGAAGGUGACCACCAUCUGUAACCUGGACAUCUUCCGCUUCCCCUUUGACAGGCAGAAUUGCACCCUGACCUUUAGCUCCUUUCUCUACACAGAGGACGACAUGUUGUUGGGCAUGGAAAAGGAACUGUGGGAGAUUGUAGACACAUCUCGCAAUCUUAUCAAGACCCAAGGGGAGUGGGAACUCCUGGCCAUCAACAAAGCAACCCCAAAGCUUGCAGUGGGGUCCAGCCUUUAUGACCAGAUCAUGUUUCACGUGGCCAUCAGGCGCCGACCUGGCCUGUAUGUGAUAAACCUGCUUUUGCCCAGUGGAUUUCUGAUCGCCAUCGAUGCCCUGAGCUUCCUUCUGCCAGCUGAGAGUGGGAAUCGAGCCCCCUUCAAGAUGACCCUCCUCCUGGGGUCCACCGUCUUCCUGCUCAUGAUGAACGACUUGCUUCCUGCCAGUGGUGUCCCACUGAUAAGUGUGUACUUCGCGCUGUGUCUGACCCUGAUGGUGAUCAGCCUGCUGGAGUCCAUCCUCAUCACCUCUCUCUUGCACGUGGUCUCUGCCCAGCCCCGUCCCAUGCCACGCUGGCUCCAUUCAUUGGUGCUGAGGUAUACCAGAGUCACAGAAUGCUGCCACAAGAGGUCUCAGGAAGAGAACAAGGGCCCUGGACCCAAGCCCAUCCACCUGCCAGGCCUAAAGGACCCAGAGGCAACGGAAGGACCGGAACCAAGCCCAGGCAAGACGGGGCCGAAUGGAGACCCGCAGUCUACAUGGGCAGCGUCGGACCCGCGGAUCCAGGGGCAUAGGGCCGUGGGCAUGUGGGUGAAGUUCAGCCUUGCUCUGGACACCUUUCUUUUUUGGCUUUAUCUGUUGUUCAUGAGCUCCUCCCUCGUCACAGUCAUUGCUCUCUGGAGUGCCUAG